AUGCCUCGACCUUACCUUGUCCCCGGCCUCACUUGCGUCCUUUCCAUCUUGUCCCACAUGCCUGCCGCCCAAGCCGAUUAUACGUACAGUGGUAACCUGGUCACGUACUGCGGCCAAUACGAUGCUAUCAAUACCACCUCGGGUCUGUAUGACAUCAUCAACAACGCCUGGGGCGACGAUGGAUCCGGAUUGACCUGCACCACGGUUGGUGAAGCCCUGCUCAAACGGAGAGACUCGUCCACCAACCGACUGAUCAACACGCAGACUUGUCUCGGAGAAAGCACCGAUGACUUUGCUGUCUUCAACUCGACCUGGCGGUGGUCCGACGCUCCGACCGAGGUCCACUCGUACCCCGACGCGCUCUUCAACACUGAGCUGUUCCCUUUGGCUUUCCCGGACGUUACUUCGUUGAAGCUGAAGGCGGACUGGGCAAUCGUCCCCUCCCCCUCGGACGACACGGCAACAGACGAAGCCACACUGGCCAGUCUGGACGUCGUGGCCGAUGUCGCCAUUGACUUGUUCUUGGAUGAGGACGCCAGCACGGCAUCCGAUUCUUCCGCUGCCGCAUACGAAGUCAUGAUCUGGCAGGCUGCAUACGGCAACUGCGACCCCAUCGGCUACGAUCCCACCUCGACCAGCGCGCCGACCCAGGAGCUGGAUGGCGUCACAUACACCUUGUACCAAGGGCCGAAUGCCAAUGGCCAGACCGUCUUCACGUGGUACCCCGACGGCAACCUGACGACCAUCGACGUCGACUACUUCCCGCUCCUCGAAACACUGCGUGGCGGUGGCUACAUCCCCACCGCCGCUUAUUUGGGACGCUUUCAGUGGGGGUCGGAAACCAAGCACUCUGCCCAGGACCAGAACAUCACCUUCGUGGUCAACUCGGUCACCAUGAGCGUCAAUUAA